AUGGGUCCCCCAGGGUCCCGAAUGGGUCCCCUAGAGUCCCUAAUAGGUCCUCCAGGGUCCCGAAUGGGUCCCCCAGGGUCCCGAGUAGGUCCCCCAGGGUCCCGAAUGGGUCCCCUAGGGUCCGGAAGGCGUCCCCCAGGGUCCCAAACGGGUCCCCCAGGGUCCAAAAUGGGUCCCCUAGGGUCCAAAAUGGGUCCCCCAGGGUCCCGAAUGGGUCCCCCAGCGUCCCGAAUGGGUCCCCCAGCGUCCCAAAUGGGUCCCCAAGGGUCCCUGGUGGGUCCCUCAGGAACCCAAAUGGGUCCCCUAGGGUCCCAAAUGGGUCCCCUAGGGUCCCCUAGGGUCCCUAUGAGUCCCCUAGGGUCCCUAUGGGUCCCCUAG